AAACAAACACAGGCGGUGUUUUGUAAUGGUUUUUGAAGAACUUACUGUACACCUGGGCUGGGAAGGGGGUGAUGAAUAAUGCCAUGUAUGUGCUCACGAAUGUAGCCUAGAGAUGCUUGGAGAAAGUUGUAGGCUUCCGGAGGAAACUGGGCCAGAAGAGCAGAGGCCAUGGCCCCCACCGCUGUGGUUGGAAGCCUCCAGCACGACCUGACGUGUAGACCCCCCCUCCCACUAUUGGCUGUUUCUGCCUUUCUGUCCCCAAACUGCCGGAGUUGUAAGAGUUUUCUGAUGACUGGGCACAUGUGGCAUCUGGAUUCUAGGGUUGCUAACAACCAGCAGUUUCCUGUCUGCUUUGGUUGAGAUGACUGUGAUACAGUGCGGGAGCAGUGUCCACUGCUCAGAGCACCACUGUCUAACACAGUGUACACUCGGGCCAGACGCCCGGGCCGGAAGGAAGAGGGAAACCAUACAAGGACGAGGCUGGUGCCGGGUGCUUCACUUAGUCUCUCUGGUCCACCUUCGCAAUGAUCAACAAACUUCAGGUAUUCGUUAGCUGUUCUACAGAUAGAGGAGCAGCGUGCUGGAUCACGUGGGUCAGAGGCACAGCAAGCUGAUAUUCGACUCAGAGUCUCUGGGUCCAGAACUCGUGCGGGUUCUUCUCAGUCACUCUUUUAAAGCUAUGUAAAGCGUCUUGUAGUCUUACUUUUUACUAACUUGAUCAUCUCUUGAAGUUGUAUAUUUUAUUCUAUUUAUUGUUUAUUUAUUUAUUGGGAAUCUGCAGUUGUCUGUUGAAUGUUGGGGAAUAUUAUUUUAAGGUGUGUUACUUUUGUUUAUGUUGCAUUUGUUUAACAGUGUGAAGCUGUGUUACUGCGCCUGUCUGAAACACCUGAUGGUCUAAUAAAGCGCUGAACAGCCAAUAGCAUGGCAGGAGAAAGGAUAGGUGGGGCUGACAGGCAGAGAGAAUAUGUAGGAGAAAUCUGGAAGGAGAAAAGAAAGUAGCCAGAGAAGGAGGAGGACAUCAGGGGCCAGCCACCCAGCUGCACAGCCAGCCACAGAGUAAGAAAGAAAAGUAUACAAGAAGAGAAAAGGAAAAGCCCAGAGGCAAAAGAUAGAUGGGAUAAUUUAAAGUUAAGGAAAGCUGUAGCUAGAGUUUUCCUGCCUGGCCCACAGUCAGGACAAAUCUCUCUCACCUGCCAGUCCCACAGCCGUUCAAACCCGACCAAGUAAACACAGAGACUUAUAUUGGUUACAAACUGUAUGGCCGUGGCAGGCUUCUUGCUAACUGUUCUUACUGUUCUUACAGCUUAAAUUAAUCCAUUUCCAUUAAUCUAUACCUUGCCACGUGGCUCGUGGCUUACCAGCAUCUUCACAUGCUGUUCCUCAUCGUGGCGGCUGGCAGUGUCUCUCUGACUCAGCCUUCCACUUCCCAGCUUUAUUCUCCUCCUUGUCCCGCCUACACUUCCUGCCUAGCCAAUGGCCAAUCAGUGUUUUAUUUAUUGACUAAUUAGCAACACAUUUGCCAUACAGAACAUCCCACAGCAGAAAGCUGGCUAGAAACAAGCCAAGCUAAGGCCGGGCAUUUAUAAUUAAGUAUAAGUCUCCAUGUGUGAUUUAUUUGGGAGCUGGUGGCAGCCCCCAAAAGAGUGAAAAAAAAUCCAACAAGAGUUGGAUGUUAUUCAUUCUGCUGUGGCAUUUUCUUGUUCUUAACUAUAGAACCACUGUGGAUGGAGAGGGACUCAGGCCACCUUCACCCUCUGAGCCAUCUCUGGCCUGGUGUUUGUAGUUUUAAAAGUUUAUUUAGGGUUGGGAAUGUAGCUUAGUUGGUAGAAUGCUUGGAUGCAUGUCCCAGAACAUAAAACAGCAUGCUUUUAAACCCAGCACUCAGGAGGGGGAGGCAGGAGGACCCGAAGUUCAAGGUCAUCCUUGGCUACAUAUUGAUGCCAGCUUGGGCUGUGUGGGACCGUCUCAGGGGGGAAGUUGUUUUUCUUUUUUAAAUUUUUUUUAUAUAACCAUCACUAACAACAACAACAAAUGGAAUGUAAGAGGGUGUCUACUCCUGAAAGCCUCUAGUAGGCUUAUGUCAAUCUUAAUGCAUAAAACUCAAAACAGAAAACAAACAGUAACUCUCAGUAACUACAACAUACAUAUUGAAAACCAAGCUUGAUCAGGUGGAUAUAUUCAUGUCAGAAGACCUUUUCAGUUCAUAUCUCCCCACAGAGCAUCUUCCCAUUGCCCAAUGCAUUUCCAGCCUCCUUUUCAAGUAUCAGUUAUUCAUAGAGGAUAAGCUGGCCAACCAGAAUCAGGCACAGUACCUGGCCAGUGCAGCUGGAAGACUGCAGACAGUUCUAAGCUCUGCGAGACAAAAAAAGAUGAGGCGUGCUUAUCCACAUACAAUACAAAGGUAUUUUAUAGAUUCUCCAAAGGUGAUGAAGAGAAGAAAUUGAUGUGAGCAUAAUGUCAAUGGUCACCAUGUGGCUGUGCAUACACACACCAGAGGAAUGUUCCAGUUGUUUCUGUAACAUCUGUGCUGUGGUUGAAGCUUAUCUACAGCCUCAGUAGAGCUCACCCCCGAUCUUGGGUUCCCCUGGGUACAUUUCCAGGAGUAUUGGGCUUACGUCCCCCCGGAGCACCAUUGCCAGUGCCAGUGAACUUGAGAACAGUGCCAGCUUUCCCUCAGGUGGCAGAUACAGCAGAGCUGUCUCAGUGAAAACCCUAAAUGGCAGCUCUGAGGGAGACCAGAGAAGACAGGGGUCACACCCAGGAAUCUUCUUAAUUUUUUAAAAUUUUUUAUUUUUGUAUUUUUUGAAACAAGAUCUCAUUAUGUAGCCCUAGCUGUCCUGGAGCUUACUAUAUAGACUAGGAUGGACUUGAACUCACAGAGAUCCAUCUGCUUCAAGAUGUGGACCACUAUACUCAGCAUCCCCAGAAUUCUUAAGAGGACAGAGUAGAUAAAGCAGUUGGACCUAGAAGUUUUUGCACAGCUGCAGGACACGCUGGCCCUUGGAAUCACCUUAGCUUGUUGGCUGGUUGUAGUUUUUGUUGAUUUUCAUGGGCUUUUGGCCUUUCAUCCUUGACUCCGUAUGUGUGUGCCAGGAGGUGAGUGGGGAAAAUAAAAGCAGAGCACGAGUUAAGAACACAUUUGAUUGCUUGAUAGCAGCCCUGGCUGUGAGCCUGGCUGGGGUAAAGGUUAAAAUUGUUGGCCUACCUCAUAGCCUCGAGUUAAGUUUGCAUUAGGUGUCCUUGGGAUCUGCUGUCUGGUGUCAUGGAUUUUUGUGCCCAACCAGUGAAGAUAUUUUCCCAUAAUCAAUGGUACACAUAUCUUUUGGGCUGGUGUGUGUGGUAGGCUGUCUCCUCUGAAUCUUUUGUCUGUGUCUUAUGUCUGUCAUAUUUUUAAAUGCAAAGUACAGAGCAGUCUCAUCUUCUCUCUCUCUCUCUCUCAUGCUUAUCUCCCACGACUCUUUCCCCUUUGGGUGCAUAUAUAUUUUUUGGAAAUAAAGGUGUAUAGUGUGCUGUUUCCCUUACCAGACUGAAGGACUUGGGGUGUGGUCCCUGGUGAAGUGUGUCAGGUCCCUGCUGUUGGGACACAUCCCACAAAUAGCUCGAUCAUUUUAUGCCUAAGCUAAGAUUUCAGUGCUUAGCCAUCUAUGUAUGGGAUGCUAUUUCUGAGGCUAUGGCGUGCGUGAUUGUGUUAUUAGGGUCUUUUUUCCUGGUUAAGUUCCUUUUUGAUCUAUUAGGGAUUUCCUUGUGAUUUCAGUCAUUUUGUGAUUUAUUGUUCAUCUUAUAACAGGUAUUGGUAAUAUUAGGAUGAAAACAUUUAUACAAGAGGAAAUAAAAGUCAAGGGAGCAGGUAAUUGACCGAUUUAUCAGCCUUAGCAGACAAUGUUUCUGAUAACGACAUGGUAGCCAUGGUAAAUUUAUUUCUGAUUGCUUGAGGGGACAGAUUUUAUAUGUUUUUGUACCAUCGAGGUGCGUGAGAGGGUAAAGGAGCUAGCGGUCUAUCUGUGGACUAACCGGGACAGCUUGGUUUCUGGACUGGCCUUUUGGUGAGUGGAUUCACACAGUGUUUUAAACUGUCCCUCAGGUAUGGGUUUGCUACAGCACACGCAGGCUGAGUUUACUUUCUAUUGUUGCUGGUUGACGCUUACUAGGUAACAAGAGGCUUCACAGGGGAAUGACUUUUUCUAAAUCUUUCACUUCAGUGAUACUUGGAAUUAGACUUAAAAAAACAACUGUUAAUCUGUUUCUAUCACUGACUCUCUGGCCUCACUGGGGUGGUUGUGGACAGAUGACCGCCUUAGCAGAGAUGACACUACCGAGCAGGAGGGGUAGUUUUAGUUGUCAACUUGACACAACCUAAGAUCACUUGGAAAGGGGUCUCAGAGGAAAUGUCUAGAUUAGGUUCGUCUAUGGCCAUGCCCCGGAAGGAUUUUCUUGCUUGGGUUAAUGAGGGUGAGGACCCCACCUGACUGUGGGUGGCACCGUUGCAUGGGCUGGACCCUGAGCUGAAGGACAGAGGAGGAGCUGAGCACCAGCAAGCAUGCACAGGGCCUUGACUGUGGGUGUUGUGUGACAGCUGUUCCUGCCACCUUGACCUUCCCACAGUGAUGGACUGUCACCUGGAAUUGAGGCAGAUCAACAUUUUCUUCCAUGAGUUGCUCUUCUCAGGGGAUUUUAUCACAACAGAAAGUAAAACUGAGACACUGAGGUUACAGAUUAGAAUUCAGAUGUGAAAAACCCAUAGCAACAUCCGUUUUACUUGUGUGAGUUUUAUUUGCAUGUAUGUAUGUACACCAUAUGUGUGCCUGGUGCUAGCACAUUAUAUCUUGAGCUGAAGUUACAGACGGUUGUGAGCUGCCAUGUAGAUGUUGGAAACUGAGCUCGGGACCUCUGGAAGAGCAGCAAGUGCUAUUUAUUAACUGCUGAGCCAUCUCUCCAGCACCCAAAGAAACACCCUGAGUGUGUCAGUUUUCUGGGGCUGCCAUAACAGUUUCAUAAACUGGUGGCUUAACUUUAAACUUAAAAAGAAAAUAUAUUUGUUUGUGUAUGUUUGUUUGUUUGUAUAGUCAUGAACACAUAUAUGCCAUGGCAUGGGUGUAGAGGUCAGGACAACUUUUAGUCCUUCUUUCUCUCCUUCCACCCUGUGGGUCUGGGGAUCAAACUCAGACCGCCAGCUUGGCAGCAGACGCCUUUACCCGCUGAGCCAUCUCACUGUCUCAGACUAGUGUUUUAAACAGCAAAAGGAACCGAUCGUCUUCCACUUCUGGAAGUCGGACACUCAUGGUCAGGGAGUCAGUGGGGCUGUGUGCAUUCGGAAGGCCAUCGGAAAGCUGCCUCAGGAUUCUCUUGUAGUUUCCAGGAGCUCUGUGGCUUGUGUGAGCGUAUGUACAGCCUUUAAGUGGUGUCUCCCCGAGCACACAUUAGGGACCUCAGUCAUCUUGGAUCUGAGAGUCACCCUAAUGACUUUACCUUAACUUGAUCAUGUGAAAAGCUCUGUUUACAGGUCACAUUCGUGUGCACGGGGUUGCUUAGCAUCUUAACAUCUUUUGAACAGUUUAGCCUGUGACAUGAGGUAUUUAUUCCUAGUUUGCACACUGUUUAAUUUUUUAAUUACAAUUUAUUUGUUUGUUUGUUUGUUUUUCCAGACAGGGUUUCUCUGUGUAGCACCCUGGCUGGCUGGGGACUCACUCUGUAGGUCAGGCUGACCUCGAACUCCAAAUGCUGUGAUUAAAGGUGUGAGCCCAGUAACAAGAAUUUAUUUAUGGUGCAUAUGUUGUGCGUGUGUGGUAGGGUAUAAGUGUUCCUUGGCAUGUCUGUAGAAGUCAGAGGACAACUUUUCAGAGUUGAUUUUCCCUUCUACUGUGUAGGUCCCCAGGAUCAAAACUCGAGACUCAGUGGUUCAGUUUCCUGCUGUGUCAUUAUACUAGCCCUGUACACAGUUUCAGUGAGUCUUGUGAUUGUCACCUGCUUAGCAAAGAAAAUGACUACGAAUUUGGAAGAAGGGGCCUCAGCCUCGGAUGCAGUGGAGACCCCAAGUCUUCAAAAGGGCUAUUAAAAUAAGAGUCCACAGGAGGGGACUGGGGAGGUGGUUCAGUGGGCAGCUCAGUGGUGCAUGCUUGUGUGGUGCGUGCUUGUGUGGUGUGUGCGUAUGGCCCUAGUGCUGGCGUGGGGGGGCAGAUACAGAAGGAUCUCUAGAAUGCCAAAGCACUGAGCCCCAGAUUUGGUAAGAGACAUCCUGCCUUGAAAAGGAGGUGGACAGUGAGGGAGGAAGAUGCCCCUUGCCAUGAUCUGCCUUCCACACCUGCGUGCAUGGGUGUGUGAGCAGACAUGCACAUAUAUCCACCUGCAGCCUCCACAAAUCCACAGGUGCUUGAAGCUGAUUGAUUAAUAUGAGUGCAAGACACUGACAAUCUAAGUAGCUUGUGGGACACAGAUCUGUGUAUUAGAAACACAAGAAGGAUCUCAACCUGUUAAUGUUUUUGUUUGUCACGUACACAUUCUAAAAUCCUGCCAAAUGAAAUGUAAAAAAAAAAAAUAUUGUGUGUUUGAUGAGCUUUGGUCUUUUGGUAAAUUUUGUAUUUUUUUUUAUCUUUUGGUAAUUUUUCAUUACUUGAAAAAAUGUAUUUUUGUCACAGUGCUCCUGAGAUUUUGUUUUUGAACUUGGCUUUGUCACUUAGUAAGAGUGAAUGUGUGAGCUAUUAAGGUUUUGGAAACUUGGUUGCCCAUGAAAAUUUGCUGACAAACAUCAGAUGUUUACCAUGGUAGCAGGCAUAUCUUCAGGGCUCCAUUCAUUCAUUCAGUUGAUCUUUAUUGGGAGUCUGCCGUGUGCCAGGGCUUGUUCUAGAACUCACUCACUCACUUAAAAGUAACGUAAAGGCACCAUGAUACUGUAAUAUGACGAGUUUGGUGGGGACCCAGAGCUCCUGUCUUGCCUUGGUUAGUCAGCUGUGGGGUCUUGGGCACAGCAUUGGCUGUCUUUGGGUCUUGCCAUUAGAACUGGAUUUCCAAAAUGAUAAAACAAAAUUUGAAUUCACAGAUUGUUCUGCAGUUCUGUUGGGCAGGGCUGGAAGCUUCUCUGUGCUCACAGGAUUGGCGACUGUCUGCUUUCUGGCUGAGAACAGCAGUGGUAAUGAAUCCACCACCUUCACUGAGCCCACAACACUCUGAGGGGGGUUUUCCUAUGUUCUUUGUUGCUAUUGUCUUGUUUUUGAGAUGGGUUUUGUGCAGCAGGCUGGCCUGGAUCUCUAUCUGCUCUUGCCUCUAAUCACUGGUAUCACAAGCGUCUAUACCACCAUGUCCCACAUUUCCUGUGUUCUUGUUUCUCCAAGCAGGUGGGUGUCCACAGACACAUGUGGCAACUUGAGAACAAGUUUUCUUUGGUAGUUUGUGGGAAACACCCAGUAUUAUUAAGUAAGGAGACAGAGUGCUGUCUAGGAGGCAGAAUUCAUAGAAAUGACAACUGAAGACAUAAAGACAUUUGGAGUUUCCAGGAGGCAAUUCUGAGUCAGUCCUGGGACCUCCUGGGGUGGGGGUGGGGCAGCUGCCUUCGCUUCUCUGGGAAGGAAAGUUUGUUCUAUGUUUGAGAUUCUAAUUUUGAAAAUGGUUUUAAUUUCUGUUAUUGACAGGUCCCACCUCUCUGAUCUUAAGGCCCGUUCUUCCUCUGCAUUGCCGCUCUGAGGAGUAUUAAUUGAGGGCCUGCCUUGUGCUUUGUGCUGUUCCAAGAGAUAGGGCCACAGCCACAGAUGGAGCAAAGAUCUGCCUUCCUCACUGCCGAUUGACGGGUUACCUGAAGACAGAGGGCAUUAGCCACAUGGGUAUUUGGGAGAGAGAGGUCAAAGGUCUCGUGGCAGAGCUUACAUCCUUCGUCUGAGUGAGUGGUUGGAAAUGAUCUCACAGAUAUGCAGGUCAUAUAGGGCUUCAAGGUCUGGGAGUGUACCCUGAGGAACGCAAGAAGCCAUGGAGACCUUGAGGGUAGAAUGCUGGGAUGUGACAUAUCCUUGAAAGCUUUAGUCUGCCUGCUAGUUGAGACUCACAACCAGAACAAAAGUGCUUCUGUGGCCCCAGCGAGGAGUGGCGGUGAUGUUCAGUGAGGUGGUUUGGCAGAAACGGAAAGACUGCCGGGAUACAGCUGCGUGUGGAAGACAGAACCAACAGAGCCUGUGAGUGAGUGAGGUGUGUGGUGUGAGCAGUGAAAGGCAGCAGGAAGGUUUGUGGGGCCUCUGAGCCAUUGUGUGGGAGAGACGGAGAGGUGGCCGUUUAUGCUGAGUUGGGCAUUUUGAUGGAGGAGCUGUCUGGUUCCUCGGCUAUUGAACGAUGUGCCCAGGCCCUUUAUCUGAGAAUGUUGAAGCUGGCUUACUAACUGGAUUGGAAUUCCUUCCAAAGACAAGGCGUGAUGUGUUCAUCAUCAUUACCUCUUUCCACCAAGGGAAUUUACAUCAUACUUCACAGGCAGUGCUGUGGGUACUUACGGGUGUGGCCCAGGAUCCUCUGCAGUCUCAGGUGUGGGCUCUUCUUCCAGGUUGCCUCUCAGCUGAACUGGUGACAGGAAUCUGGUUGUCUCUCCCACCUGGGCAGAUUUUAGUUUUCCUCUUGGCCUGGCUGACAGCUGUCGGGUGCCCUUGGCACCUGCAAUCCCCGAGCUUUGUCCUGGGAACUGGUGGGGGCUCUAUCACAGAAAACUCCAAGGCCGGAAACCUCCAAGGGUCCCUCCUUUCAGGCCAGCUUGGUGUGGGGGAAUAUCCUGAGGCUUUCAGGCCACAAAGGGAUAGUUUAGACUUUGGCAGACAAAGCCAGCCCAACUGCAGAUGUGUUUUGUGUUCACAUCAUAAAACUGGUGGAGAGCAGCUCUGGAUGCUGCAGAAGAAACUUAUUAACCGGCAUGGAGUGGCUGGGUGGCUUUUGUCUUCUUGGCACCUCUUCCCUGGCCUUUCUUCUGUGACCCACAUUGAGCCCACUAGAUCCCGCCCUCUGGCUUCAGUGAUAGGCCUAGGGAGAAGAGAUGACCGCCAGCAGGCCAAUCAGAGAGAGAAAGACCUUUUACUAGUGGAUCCUUAGAGUGAAAAUCCAGACAGCCUGCAGCCAGGUUUUUAGCCUCUUGGGGAAAGUGUCCCGAGAAGAAGCAUGUAAAGACUAUUGAGAACUCGCUCUGAUGGUGCUUGCAAAAACCUACCAGACCCAUUGUGGCCCUGCUGUGCGCGGUACAAUCCUCCAUGUGAAAAGGGCUCUUGCUCUGUCGUCCUGCUACCUGAUUGUGGUUCACCACCACCAGAGCAGCUAACUUCUACCAUCUGUCAUCUAGUGGUGAGGUGUCUUAAGCUAGUGGCCGUGAGGUGAUCAGUGGUGCCGCCUACCUUUGGAUCAGUAGGUAGUAUAGUUUUCAAAUGGGAAGAAUGCAGACUCUAGACAUUUUCUCCCCUUCAAGUUCAUCUGUCCAACACAUACAACAACCUGCGAAUUAGCCUUCUUCACAAAAGAGAUGAAUUUAGUUUGGUUGUUUGCAGAGGCACAGGCCUGUAUGUGGAAGAUUUCCCAACAUCUGGUACAAUUUCCAAAGCUGCCUAUACCAUUGAAACAACUGCUCCCUGUUACCACGCCACAGUGUUCGAGGGCUCCCAGUGUUGGUGGCAGCCUGUGACUUGAAUACCUGUGCAGUCCUUGCUCUGCUGUGCUCUACAAACUAACUGUAGGGCUCAACUUUGGGGCAUGAAUUCUGAGACCAUUCCCUAAUAUCUUUGUUGGGUUAAAUCACUCUAGGGGUCUGCUGUUUGUAGAGUGCCCCCAGAUCUUAGCCUGCAUGAGUCCCGGUUACAUCCUCAGCACCAAAAACUGGAGUGACAAACAUCUGUAAUCCCAGUGCCUGAACAGUGGAGGCAGGAGGAGGACAUUCUUGGCUACACCUCAAGUGUUCUACUUUCACUUCUGUGAUAAUACCUGACCAAAACCAGCUCAUGAUCCCAGGUCACAGUCCAUCACUGCAGGGAUGUCACAGUGCAGGAGCUUGAAGCGGCUGUCAGUCACAUUCACAGUCAAGAUCAGAGAGAAUGAAUUAAGACACUCAUGCUUACUUGCUUUCAGCGUGGCUCACAUACAGUUCUGACCUCUUGCCUAGGGAAUGGUGUUGCUCAUAGUGAGUUGGUUCUCCCGUAUCAAUUAACUUGAUUAAAACAAGCCCCAUGGACAUGCCCACAGACCAAUUUGUGUAGACAAACUCUGAGAGUCUCUUCACAGGCGAUGCAUUGAGACUCCCUUCACAGGCAAUUCUAGGUUGUGUCUAGUGGACAAGUAAAUCUAACCACAGUGAAUCUGAGGUCAGCCUGGAAUAUCCUAGAGCCUGUCUCAGACAAACAAACAAACACCAAAUAAAAACUCCCAACUAUCAGCAUUUAGCAUUGGUUUUGCCAAUAGCUUUUGUAGUACAGAUCCUUCGACUUUACACAUCGCUUUUGUAUAAUGUUUCAUGUAGAAACUGGCUGUUUGAUUUGCAGCAAGUAUUACAGGUCCAGUUGAUAAUGGUAACAGAGACAGGCAACCUUGAAAGGCAGGUCUAGAUAUUUACCUCAGAUGUGUAUUAAGUAGGGAGGGACUUGGAUGAUCUUUAUAGGGAAAUGAGCUAUUUGGUAACAGGUGAACAUACCUGUGGAGGGGUUAAGAGACCUUCACUAUUGACCCAAAUCAACCUCUAAUAGCCCUAAGAGGCUGGCGGAUCCGUGUGUGUAUCACUGGUAGGAAUGGUAUGUAGGUAGCUUGAGAAACGAGGCUCACAGGUUUCACCCUAACUCAAAAGUCUGGAAAUUAAUAGGCAUUUUGUAUAUAUUGUUUGUCCAUCUGCUCCCCAUCUUUCUAAAUGAGGAUGUCCUGAGUUGAAUGUCAGCCCAAUUAAAUGCAUCUAAUGAAAACUUUCCAACUUGGAGAAGGUGAGGUGCAGAGGCAUUCUCUUCGGAGAGAGCAGAAGAGUCUGGAUAUCAGCUUACCCGAUUGCUGCUCAAGAACUAAAUUAUAAAUAACUGUGCUGGGUGGUGGGAGUUUGUUUUGUGCUACUCAAAGAAGAAAUAUUCACAAUGUAGAAACAGAAAUGUAUUCGAUGCAUUUUUCACUUGGUAAUUGCAUUAUUUUUAUUCUUAAUUCUCUGACUUUCUGAUUUUUCAUAGCACUCAAUGUGAAAAUGGAUGGGAGCCCACAGACAAAAUAAUGAAUUCUUUAACAUGCUCGCACACACACAUGCACAUGCACACUCAUGUGUACUCGCACACACACAUGCACAUGCACACUCAUGUGUACCCCCAUACUGUUGUGUAAAACUGGCAAGAAACAGUGCAAACCUGACAGUCUAGACAGAGAUUGUUGGAGGAAUAACAAUGCAAACAACUCCUUUUUUUUUCUUUAGAGGUUAAAAAUAAUGUGUUUACUAGAGUUAUUUGCAUUGGCCAUUUAGAGGCUUCCCCAGGAUGCCUUGGUUAAGAAAGCUGUGAAAGCCGCAGGAAGCCUUGCCAGGACCUUGUGCUGCUCUGCGAUUUCCUAGGCUGAUUUCAUGCUGGUUGAUGGACAAGAAGAUGGAGGUGUCUUGCUGCCGGGGCUUCUCGGGUUCCAAGAAGGGAAAGUCAGGAAUUGCAUGUCCUGCACUUGGCGGCAUCCGGCGGGUCCUCUUCUAAACUCACAGUGGCACAGUGUGACGUGCCUACCGGUGGGAUUCUUUCCUCGUGAUGCACAGGGACAGCAGCUGCCUGUAGCUGGACCAGUACAGUCUCCAUGAAACCUUGCUUCACAGUACUCAAUGUGAAAAUAGAGGGGAACCCACAGACAUAAUAGUAGAUACUAAUGGAUAAUUUACAUUUGUGGGGAACCCCCCCAGUAUUACAGACAGAAAGUGCACUUUGGUCUUCCUCAACCUCUUUACCUUACUUGUCUGAACUUACUUUUCUAAAGGCCUCCUGUACUUUUGAUUUGAUCUCAGGGACAUCAGCAUAAUUUUAGCUGUGUUUCUUCUCAACUGUCUGCUCUUUCUCUUUUGGGGGAAUGUGUUUAAAUUCUCUGGUUGGUUGAAGAGUCCAGACUUCAGAAACGUCACCAUCAGGGAGGGGAUUGUGUGGUUGUGUGCUCAGAGUUCUCUGGGGGAGCAGAACCAACAGGAUGGUUGUGUAUCACAAGGGUAACUCGUUAGACUGCCUUACAUGAUGCUUCUGGGUAGUUUAGCAAUGGCUGUCUUCAUGCUGAAGAGGCUGAGGAUCCAGUAGCUGAUCAAGUGCACGAGGCUGGAUACCUCCACAGUCCCAGUGUGGCACUGAAGUCCUGGAGGAUGCUGGGCGCAUGGAGUAUCAUGGGUCUGUGGUCCAGACUAACAGGCCGAAGAAGCUAAGGUGCAUCGCCAGUCAACAAUGGCAGCAGCAGUAACAAGGCUAAUUCAGUCAUUAGCAAGGGUGAAGGCAGGCAGCAAAAUCAGCCCCGCUUCCCCUCAGACCUCAGGUCCCCUAAAUGCCAGUGUGUUUCUCAAGCCUCCAACCCUCCAUCCUUAGCAGAUGCAAUCACGGAGAUCCAUGUUCCUCUGAACUAUCCAAAAACUGGGAUACACAGUUUGUAUUAAUCACUGUGAGGGGUAAUCUUUGUCAUUAAUUUGGUUGAUUCUGGAAUUAAUUAAGGAGAUACACCUCUGAGGGGAGUCUGGGGGGAUAUUUCCUGGAAGAACUGACUGACAAGAAAGGGGGUAGCAAAGGGUCCUCUACCCAGCACGAUCACCUCCAAAUAGGGGCCCCUUGCUGAUUUCUGAUUCAAGCAAUGAAAAGGUGCCGGGGGUGUCAGGGAAGGCAGCCAACUUCUCAGAACGUCUUGCGGAGCCAUUCGGGAGGCCCCUGGGCAGGCUCCUUGGUUAGCAGAGAAAGAAGCCCUGGGCCAGGUGUCCAGACAUCUGGGUCCUUGGUUCUGCUGUCAGCAGUAGGAAGGAAGCCGUAUGGAGUUGAGGUGACUGGUUAGCGUAUUUCAUCAUCUCAGUAAAAUGACGAGAUUGGACACCGUCUGUAACCUUUCAGGGUCUCAAAAUCCUCAUUUCAUAGAUCUUCUUAGUUGACUCUUUUUUUUUUUUCGAGACAGGGUUUCUCUGUGUAGCUUUGCGCCUUUCCUGGAACUCACUCUGUAGCCCAGGCUGGCCUUGAACUCACAGAGAUCCACCUGGCCCUGCCUCCCGAGUGCUGGGAUUAAAGGCGUGCGCCACCAUCGUCUGGCCUUAGUUGACUCUUAAUGCAUUGGCUUAGGACCAGUCUUGACUAUCUAGUGCUCCACAAGUAUGAGAAUAGAACCCCAGAGCACUUUAUUUUGGAUCAUGCAUUUUUUCUGUUCACUUAUGUAAUAUGCAUAUGUACAUGUAUCAUGUAAUAUGUAUAAUGACCAAAGAAGAGUCAGCUGAUUUUUACUGUAAUGAUUCUUACAUUUUUCUACUUUUCGACCUUUUCUACUGUUUAUGGUAGAGCUCCCAUGUGAUUUUUUUUUUUAAGGGUGAGGUAUUUAAUCUAAAAUCAAGGCAGGUCAUUUGCAAAAGACACAUAAAGUUAGCCUCAUUGUUGGGGUUGAUGCUGACUGCUCAAGGUUUGGUAAAGAGCACCCCGACUCCUGGAAGCCUGGGGAAAUGAGAGUUUCAGGGCAGACAGAAACCAUAGAAAUCAACUGAGAAAAGACAAAUCUGGCCAAUGGCGGGGAACCAGACCGGUUUCAACUGAGGAAAUUCAGUUUUAGCAAAUUUUUUUAAAGCAAAUUUCAUUGGAUGUUUUACAUUUUCUUGAUAAAUUUAUAAAGGACCUGGGGAAGGAGUUGCAGAGCUUUCCCCUAGUAAGAGAAUUGGUCAUUUGUGGCAGCUCCUCUCUGAACACAUGGGCGGCUCAGUGUGUUUGCUUGUACUUCCUUGUGUGGUUCCAAUUCUGAAAACAAACAGCGUGCGUGUGCGAGGGUGUCAGAGGUAAGCAAGCACAGUCUCCAAACACUGGCGGAACUCUGCUGGGGACCAGGCACCCUGCUAGGCUCAAAGUGGGGUGUUAGGUGAGGGAACACAGUCCUGCCCCAAAAGAGCACCCUUUUAAAGGGGAAGCUAUUUAGUGUCAACAGACACUAAAAUACCGUGGAAUCUGAGCGCCAGCUGUCACCUGAAGGGAACCACUUGACCCCGCCCUGUGCUCCAGUCCCUGAGGCGGGCUGCUUCACUCGUAACAUCUGCAGCUCUUUCCCACGAGGCAGCCAGAGUGAUCAGCCCUGUGAGGCCUGCACCCCCGCCCUCCAGGGGCUUCCAGUUUUGCUAGCUUCUCAAGUGUGCAGCACGUUACUGAUCUGCAUAUGACAUCCUCACUCAUUUGCAAACGUCCUCGCAAGCAGACACUGCCCCUUGGAGCUUCCAUCUCGGCUGCACACCCCAGCACGCAUGCUCCGUGCUGGCCCCUCAGAAGCCAGUAUCUUCGGAAGCUUCGGUGAAGAACGUUAUGUUGCAGAGUCACAGGGCUUCUUCCCUCUGCGUGCUGGGAUCGCUCUCCUCCCCGUCUCUUUUAUGUCUUUGCUCAAAGGUUACCAUCUCAGUGAGGGACUCUGUGACCUUGUCUAAAAUUGCAACUUCCCUCCUAUCAAUGGCCUGUGAUCCUCCUUGUCAUAUUCUAAGAUUUCCCCAUUGCAUUUCCCACCCUCCUGCCCACAGCACCAUCUACAAAGAGAAAGCUUCAAGGAGGCAGGGUCAUUAUUUUGUUAUUUGUUGUUCAAUUUAGUACAAUCUAGAAUACUGUCCGGCACACGCUAAGCACGCUGUAAUUAUUUGUUGAGGGAGUAAGUAGGAAGGAGGGACUAAUUCUGUGGGACAGUUGGGAGGAAAGAACCUUUGGAGCUCGGCUUGGAGGAUGAUGGGUAGACUUUGACCACGUGUUUUUCUGGGAAAGGGCCUUCCAGACAGACGGAUGCCACAAAGGUGAAAACAUGGUGGUACUCACUAGCACUCGUGGAAUGUGAAGUUCCACCUGAUCGGUGUGUGUGGGAGGACCACAGCGGUGGUGGAUCAGUGUGUGAAUGGAGAGGAAGUAGCUCCUGAGAACUCAGGGUGGCUUAAAGGAACAGGUUCCUAGUCACUAACUACCCUUAAGUCACGGCAGGAAAGCGGAUGGUAGAAGUCAGAGCACUGGGACACGAGUGACAUCAGAACCCGGCGCUCUCAAGAAGUCACUAAUGCAAACAGAAUUUGCUAAUAAGAUCUGACUUUUAUGGAGCACUUUUCUGUUUUCAAAACAUGGUCACAUGCUUAUUGGAACUUAAGCGUAACAACUGGCCGAGAGAGUGUGGCAGAUGUUAGUAGGCAGGACGAGGCCGAGGGAGAGUUCAGCGAAGGAGAACACUGGUAUGGGAACUCCUCAGAGACGCCGUCAGAAGCAUCCUAUGGGGAAGUCCAGGAGAACUAUAAACUGUCCCUGGAGGACCGGAUCCAAGAGCAGUCCACAUCCCCCGACACCUCCCUGGGCAGCGCUACCCCCAGCAGCCACACGCUGGAGCUGGUGGCACUCGAUGGUGAGGUCCUUCGAGACUCGCUGCAGUGCCAAGACCAUCUUUCGCCUGGAGUGUCUUCUGUGUGUGACGAUGACCCACCUAGUUCCAAUAAACCUCUGAGCAGCAACUUGAGGCGGCUGCUGGAGGCCGGGUCCCUUAAACUCGAUGCCACGGCCAAUGGCAGGGUGGAGUCCCCUGUGAAUGUUGGCCCCAGUUUGUCAUUUUCCCCGCCCUCCCACCAUGCCCAGCAACUCAGUGUCCUGGCCAGGAAGCUGGCAGAGAAGCAGGAUCAGAACGACCAAUACUCCCCAAGUAACCGUUUCAUAUGGAAUCAAGGUAAGUGGUUGCCAAACUCAACCACCACCUGUGGCCUGUCCCCAGAUUCGGCCAUCCUCAAACUGAAAGCUGCAGCCAAUGCUGUUCUGCAGGACAAGUCCCUGUCCCGGACAGAGGAGAGCCUGAGAUUUGAGCCCUUCUCCUCUCCCUUCAGCUCCCAGUCUGCCAGCUCCACUUUGGCAGCUUUGUCUAAGAAAGUGAGUGAGAGAAGUCUGACCCCGGGUCAGGAGCACCCACCUCCAGCCAGCUCUUUCCUGUCACUGGCCUCCAUGACCUCCUCUGCAGCCCUUCUGAAAGAAGUGGCCGCCAGGGCCGCGGGUAGCCUCCUGGCUGAGAAGUCAUCCUUACUGCCCGACGACCCUCUACCACUGCCGCCUUCUGAGAAGAAGCCAGAAAAAGUCACCCCCCCACCACCACCUCCUCCGCCCGCACAGCCUCAAUCCUUGGAAUUAUUGUUACUUCCAGUUUCCAAGGGCAGAGUCUCCAAGCCCUCCAAUUCAGCCCCAGAAGAAGAGAGCGGGAAGCCUUUCCAGUGUCCAAUAUGUGGUUUGGUUAUAAAAAGGAAGAGUUACUGGAAGCGGCAUAUGGUGAUUCACACAGGUUUAAAAAGUCACCAGUGUCCGCUCUGUCCAUUCCGGUGUGCUCGCAAGGACAAUCUCAAAUCCCACAUGAAGGUUCAUCAGCACCAGGACCGGGGAGAGACCUUUCAGUGCCAGCUGUGCCCCUUCACUUCCUCACGCCACUUCAGCCUGAAACUGCACAUGCGCUGCCAUCAGCACUUCCUGAGGACAGAGGCCAAGGUGAAGGAGGAGAUCCCAGACCCAGAUGUCAAGGGAUCUCCCCACCUCAGUGACAGUGGCUGCCUGGGGCAGCAGAGGGAAGGAGGAGGGACAGAGCUAGUGGGGACCGUGAUGACGUCUAAUACUCCAGAGAGGACUGGCCAGGGUGGGGCUGGCGUUGCACCUUUGCUGGUGAAGGAGGAGCCCAAGGAAGAUAACGGCCUGCCCGCCUCCUUUACCCUGAAUGCUGCCGACAGGCCCGCCAACCACACAAAGCUGAAAGACCCCACCGAGUAUGUGUCCAACAGUGCGGCAGCAUUGUUCAGCCAGGACAUCUCGGUUAAGAUGGCCUCCGAUUUUCUCAUGAAGCUGUCAGCUGCAAACCAGAAGGAGCCUAUGAAUCUUAAUUUUAAAGUGAAGGAAGAGCCCAAGGAAGAGGAGCCCCUAAGCACGCCUUUGCCUCGGUCCAGCUAUGUGUUCAGCCCGGAACCGGAAGUGGCGGCCCCUAGCCUCUCCGAGGACCCGCUGACACCCCAGGAAGGCAAGGGGAAUGUGCCGAGGCGGGACAUGUCUGCCAAAGCUGCCUCAGAACUUCUCAUGAAACUCUCAGUAAAAGGAAGGCUCGGCCAUCUCAACAAGAGUAAAACUAUGGAAGUGAGAGCGGAGAGUUCCAAGGACGCGCAUGCGGUGAAGGUGAAAGAGGAGCCCAUGGAGGUGGACAUCCAGGACUCCCCGGGCUCCGUGUCACCCGGCCGGAACGUUGGCUACAGCACUUUAAUGGGGCGAGAGAAGACUGAACCCUUACAGAAGCUGCCAGAAGGUCGAGUUCCCCCGGAGAGAAAUCUCUUCAGCCAGGACAUCUCGGUGAAGAUGGCUUCUGAGCUGCUUUUUCAGCUCUCAGAAAAAGUGAGCAAAGAACACAAUCACACGAAGGAAAACACCAUCCGGACGACCACCAGCCCUUUCUUUUCAGAAGACACGUUUAGACAAUCACCAUUCACCUCCAAUUCUAAAGACCUGCUGCCCGGAGAAGCCGUGCUACAUGGAAGAAUACCAGCUGCAGAGACAGAGAAGAUAGUCCUUGAGGCAGGAAAUGGAUUACCCUCAUGGAAGUUCAAUGACCAGCUCUUUCCCUGCGAUGUGUGUGGGAAAGUGUUCGGCCGACAGCAGACCCUGUCUCGACACCUCUCGCUGCACACGGUUUUGGUUUCUCCCCCAGAGGAAAGAAAAUACAAAUGCCAUUUGUGCCCGUACGCUGCUAAGUGCCGUGCAAAUCUGAACCAGCACCUGACCGUGCACUCUGUGAAGCUGGUGAGUACCGACACCGAGGACAUCGUCAGUGCCGUCACUUCUGAAGGCAGUGACGGGAAGAAACACCCUUACUAUUACAGUUGUCAUGUGUGUGGAUUUGAGACGGAGCUCAAUGUCCAGUUUGUAAGCCACAUGUCCCUCCACGUGGACAAGGAGCAGUGGAUGUUUUCCAUUUGCUGCACGGCCUGUGACUUUGUAACCAUGGAAGAAGCAGAGAUAAAGAAUCACAUUGGCACCAAGCACACAGGGGAUGACAGGAAGACCCCCAGUGAAUCAAACAGCCCCUCCUCAUCCUCGCUGUCAACUCUGAGUGAUUCAGCCAAUGGCAAAGAUGACUCAGACAGCUCCCAGAGAAACAAGGGUGCGAACAACUUGCUGGUCAUCUCCGUGGUACCCGGGAGCCAGCCCUCACUGAACAGCGAGGAAAAGCCAGAGAAAGGGUUCGAAUGCGUUUUUUGCAACUUUGUCUGCAAGACGAAAAAUAUGUUUGAGCGGCAUCUGCAGAUCCACCUCAUCACCCGGAUGUUUGAGUGUGACGUGUGCCACAAGUUCAUGAAGACCCCCGAGCAGCUGCUGGAGCAUAAGAAAUGCCACACUGUCCCCACCGGUGGGCUCAAGUGCCCGUUCUGCAUUUACUCCACCAACCGCCCUGCUGCCAUGGAGUGCCACCUUAAGACCCACUACAAGAUGGAGUACAAGUGCCGGAUCUGCCAGACAGUGAAGACCAACCAGCUGGAGCUGGAGACGCACACCCGUGAGCAUCGCCUGGGCAACCACUACAAGUGUGACCAGUGCGGCUACCUGUCUAAGACGGCCAACAAGCUCAUCGAGCAUGUGCGUGUGCACACCGGGGAGCGGCCCUUCCACUGUGACCAGUGCAGCUACAGCUGCAAGCGCAAGGACAAUCUCAAUCUGCACAAGAAGCUGAAGCAUGCCCCCCGCCAGACCUUCAGCUGCGGAGAGUGCCUGUUCAAGACCACACACCCCUUUGUCUUCAGCCGCCAUGUGAAGAAGCACCAGAGUGGAGACGGCCCUGAGGAGGACAAGAAAGGCCUGAGUCCAGCCUCCAGAGAGCCAGCUGGCCCUGGAGCCCCACUCCUGGUUGUGGGGGGUGGCCGGAGUCUCUUGUCCCCUCUGUCAGUCAUGUCAGCCUCACAGGCUCUGCAGACCGUGGCCUUGUCAGCAGCCCACGGCAGCAGCUCGGAGCCCAACCUGGCACUCAAGGCCUUGGCCUUCAAUGGCUCCCCGCUGCGUCUUGACAAAUACCGGAACUCGGAUUUUGCCCAUCUCAUUCCCUUGACAAUGUUGUACCCCAAGAGCCACCUGGAUCUCACAUUCCACCCUCCCCGACCUCAGACUGCGCCUCCCAGCAUCCCCUCACCCAAACACUCCUUCCUUGCCUAUCUUGGACUAAGAGAAAGAGCAGAGACUGUCUGAGGACAGCCACGUUCUGUACCAAAAACCAAGAGACAGACAGGAAAAGACAAAAACCCACAAAACUUAAAUACAACCCCAGCAGGUGUAUGUUGCUGCAAAACCUACAGGCCCCAGGGGUCUGGACCAUGUGUACUGUAUAUCUUAGUAAGGAGUAGAAAAUUGGCUCUGUAUGUGUACCUAUUGCAUUGACCUGAAAGCUGCUUUAGCCAGUCUUUGGAGAGGUGUUGCUGCCUACUUCUACCUUCAGAGGCAUGCCUCCCCAGCCAUCACUCCCACCCCCAGCCCUCCUGAGUACUUCUCUCUGAAAGGAAUUUUGUCAUGUUAAACCCUAACGAGAGUGUCCUUAAUAGCAAUCAGCACUUGGAGGCUUCUCCACUGGUACAUUGGGUUUCUGUUGGGUGACUGGGGUGUUGUGGACAUUUGUGGAUUGGGAAAGAGAAAAUGUGCGUGUGUGUGCACGUGUGUGUGUGUGUGUGUGUGUGUGUGUGUGUGUGGUAUGGUGUGUGUGUGUGGUAUGUGCCAUGACAUUUCUAUUGCACAUUCUUUUUGUACCAACCUCUUUGACAGUGAUGAACAUUCUUUCUCUCCCUUCUGGAUUGUUCCUCCACUACAGUCUCCCCACCUCCUUCUCGGCCUUUCUCUCCUUAGUUUAUGGCUACAGAGUGGUAGGGCCUGGUGCUUAGUGGAUGAAGAUCUGCAGGGUGCCGGGAUAUUCCCAGGCUCGAAGCCUGGAGCUCACAUCUCCACUAAGAAAGACGGAGAGAGCCAGGUAACAGUUCUGUUAAGGAAUGUCUCACAGCUCCGCAGCUGGCAUCACAAAACUUGGGUGUUCUGUGUGUGUGCCCACAUGGAGACAAGGUCUUUGGUGAAUGCACACACACACACACACACACAGGGAGGGAGUGCAUCCUUUUUAAAGGGCAGAAUAUAUAUGUGUGUGUGAUGUAUUGAUUCAGUUGCUAUCAUUGUUUGCAGGAAAAAAAAUUGUAUGAGUGGAAAUUUUUAUGGUUGAUAAAUCCAGCCGCAGAGAUGAAAGGGUUUGGAUCGAUUCUGGGUGUAAAUGCUCAGACUAAAAAGAAAUGGCAGGCUUUGCACAGGGCGUGGGCCUUGCACUAGUUUUGUUUCUCAUUGGGGGAAAAGGAAUAAGUAAGAGAAAAGGAAGGAAUCGUACCUUUUUAUGGAAGGAGUAGACUGUAUGUUUGAGAUUUUAGCCACGACCUCUUUGCCGUGUAAGGAAGGACAUACCAAAAGGUGCUGUUAGUCCUGUGCCUCACUGACGCCCCAGGAGUCCCCUCCGUUGGCAGAGCCUCUGGCUAGAGUGUAACCUCCAUGUAUUAGUGACCCCAUAUUCCGUUCUGUUAACGCCUAGUAGAUGUAGCCCUGCUAGGAGGCUGACUUUAUACUUAUUUAAAGCUCUUAUUUUACGGUCAUUAAAAUGGCAGUGUAUCGCAGCACUUUAUUGCAGCAGGAAGCAGGUGUGAAUUGGUCGAAUAGCCCUUUGCUUAUCUUAAAAAGUAACGGAUGAUUUAAAAAGGAAAAGAAAAUCUCUGGCUGAAUAUGUUCACUGCUUGUAUUUGUAAGACAGCAGAAUUUCCAGUAUGCAACAGGUUGAACGAGCGGGAAGACAUGUGCUUUGUAUGAAAAUGAGAAGUUUGGAAUGUGAAAGUUUCUCUGUUAUUUAUCGGAGGAAGAGCUGCUGUCCAGGAGGAAGGCUUUCUUACCGUUGCUCUUUCCCUCACUGUAUUGUCCUCGGGUGGGACAGUGCCCACUUUCCUUGUUCCUUACUUUAACUAGGGGAAUAAAAGCACCCUGAUCUCUUCCUCUAGGCGGGAUUGCUUCACUGAUUAGUGCAGUUGGACGGAAAGCCAGAAGACUGUACAUCUCCACAGAAUUGGCUCCCCAUCCCCUCUCAGCCUUCCUCUCGAAAACCUAGCAGGUCUCUUUCCCUCCCCGCCCCGUCGUCCAGCCAUAGGUGAGGAGCCUGAUUAGGACCCUGGCAAAACAAGUUUACACUACGGAGAUUUCCACAAAGGCAAGGAGACCAACCAGCUAGCCCAGGAAGGCCCCAGAGCCUCAGUCGAUCUCCUGCAGAGACCUUUGCUCUUGGCCUUGUGUGAAAUGUCGUUCAACUCGCCAUGUCAAUAUCUCGGUCAAAGACACUCUAGACACUUCUGGACAAUAUGCCCCCAAGGUCACUGGGUUUAUGGGUGGGUUUGUUGUUUUUUUUAUUUACUUUAGUUUUUUGUUUUAAAGUCAUGUUUUUAUCCCCAUUUAAUGGAGAAUGUGCCACUUGGCUAAUAAUGUGUUUUCAAAACUUUAGGUUCAGUGACAACAGUACAGGACCACAGGGGUCCCCCGGAGUGGGCAGAAAGGUGACUCCCACAGAAGCACCCACAGGUUAAGAACCUGAAUAGGUGACCCUGAAAACGCGGACCCUGGGUUUUACAGCAUGCCACUUGUGCAAUAAGAGGUCUUCAGGUGGGAGCUUGGGAGAGCGAAAGGGGAGGUGGGUGGAGACGUUUCUGCUCCAAUGCCAUGCGUUUCACCACUGGCCACUGAACCUGUGUUUGAAUGACUUAGUGAUGCUUAAUGUAAUUGGGCAACUUUUUUAGCACUUUGGAAAGAGUCAUCAAUCUUUCUGGUAAAUUAUAAAGUUUUCUGAGUGAGAAAACGUGUGUUUGCAGUUUGUUUGACUUUUUAUAUUAUUGUUGUUAUUAAUAAAGAGGAAAAUCUACAGCAUUUUUCAGAAUCCACCUAGAUAAAAUGUGCCCCUGAAUCUGGUUUGCUGAUUGAUACCCAGGGAAGGAUGUAUUCCGUAGAUAGCCUUCCCGUGAAAAACACUAACACCUUUGAGACACUCGCCUAGCAGCUGACUUUAGUUCAGUUUUCACUCUGCAUUCUCCCAUGGAUGCUGGCCUGGUUUUCCAUAGAGUGAUGCGGUUAGGGUCCUCAGCACUUUCCUCUCCUUUUUUUUUUUUAAAAAAACUCCUCAUAUUAUGUUCAGAUGAUCAUACUGUCAAGGUUUGUGUACAUGACUGAGAUUUGUAUUGUAUAAAGCUUUUGCAUUCAAGGCUGUACAGGGUCAUUUUGACAGUAACUGGUAUUCUCCUUUGCAUCUUACGUUGCAUUGCCGAUUUCUAGUGUAUCCAGUUUGGAAGUAUAAUAUACUCUAAUUAAAAAAGGUUGGCUAUA